AUGGGCAGUAUCGAGGUGCCGUCCUUUCAAGAGGGCAAUCUUGGACUAGAUUACGAUGUCAUUGUCAUUGGCGCCGGCUUGAGCGGCAUGUACUCGCUGGUGAAAAUGAGAGAACUCGGUCUAAGGACAAGGGUGAUCGAAGCUGGGUCGGGGGUUGGAGGCACGUGGUUCUGGAAUCGCUAUCCAGGUGCAAGGUUUGAUUCUGAGAGUUGGUCAUACCAAUAUUCCUGGUCCAAGGAACUUUUGGAUGAGUGGAAUUGGACAGAACAUUUUUCACCCCAGCCUGAAACAUUGAAAUAUUGUCAAUACGUCAGCAAGAAGUUUGACUUGGAGCGAGAUAUUCAAUUCAACACGCAGAUCACUUCUGCUCAUUGGCAGGAUGACGGCAGGUACUGGCAGCUCACCGACGAUGCUGGGAAGGUUUAUACGUCAAGAUUCCUCAUCACAGCCAUGGGCCUGCUUAACCAAGCCACGCUUCCCGAUAUUCCUGGAGUCAAUGACUUCAAAGGCAUUGGAAUGCACACGUCUCGCUGGCGAGAUGAUGUUUCGCUAGAAGGCAAACGAGUGGGUAUUAUUGGAACAGGAGCUACCGCCAUCCAAACCAUCCAGGAAAUCGCAAAGACGGUUGGUCACCUCACAGUGUUCCAACGACAACCGAAUUGGGCGGCGCCACUACACAACUCCAAGAUCAGUGCUGAGGAGAUGGCCGAGAUUCGAAAGCAAUAUCCAGAGAUCUUCAAGAAAUGCAACGAGUCAUAUUCCUGCUUCAUUCACAAGGCCGACCCAAGGAAGACGAUGUCUCUAUCCAAAGAAGAACGCUUAGCGUUCUUAGAAGAAGUCUAUGCCAAGCCGGGCUUUGCCAAAGUCCUGGGUAUCUUUGGCGAUUGUGCCUUUGAUAAAGAGGCCAACGCGGAGGUCAGCGAGUUCUUUGCCAACAAAAUCCGCCAACGGGUGCACGACCCUGAAGUUGCUGAGAAGCUCAUCCCAAAGAACCACGGCUUUGGUACCAAACGAUUACCACUCGAGACUUUCUACUUCGAGGUUUAUAAUCAGCCCAAUGUCAAACUCAAGGAUAUCUCCGAAGAUCCUAUCGAGAGAAUCACAGAGAAGGGAGUGAAGACAAAGAGCGGAGAAGAGGUCGAACUUGACAUCUUGAUCUACGCAACAGGCUUUGACGCGGUGACGGGCGCAUUUACAGCGAUCGACUUUCAAGGUGUUGGUGGCGAGAAAAUCAUGGACACAUGGGCUGAGGGUCCAAGGACCCAACUUGGUCUCCUCGUGCACAACUUCCCGAAUAUGAUGAUGAUCUUGGGACCUCACCAGAUGUUCGGCAACAUUCCACGAAGCGUUGAGUACGCUGUCAACUGGACUGCAGACUGCAUCAAGUUCUGCCGAGACAACAAUAUUACUCGGAUUAACGCGACCACUCAAGGUGUGCUAGAUUGGACCGAUCAUGUCCACAAGUGCGCCGUUGGUCUUCUGGCAAAUGACGUUGACUCCUGGAUGACAGGUGUUAAUAAGAACGUCAAGCAUAAACAGAAGCGUAUCAUUGCUCGAUAUAAUGGUCCGGCCCCAGGAUACAGGGCUCUAGCACAAGGUGUUGCGGAUAGAGGUUAUGUAGACUUUGACUUAUCAUGA